AUGUCUGACCCAAGUUCUAUUAACGGUGGUAUUGUAGUCGCUAUGACUGGUAAAGAUUGUGUCGCCAUUGGAUGCGACUUAAGACUUGGUUCGCAGUCAUUAGGUGUCGCCAACAAUUUCGAGAAAAUCUUCCAUUACGGACACGUAUUUCUAGGAUUAACAGGGCUAGCAACUGAUGUGCUUACGCUUUCAGAAAGUUUCCGUUACAAAACUAAUUUAUACAAGUUGAGGGAGGACAGACCGAUCGAGCCUGAAACUUUCACACAACUGGUAUCUACAUCCCUAUAUGAAAAGAGAUUUGGUCCAUAUUUCGUAGGACCCGUAGUAGCUGGUAUUAAUUCUAAAUCAGGGAAACCAUUCAUCGCAGGGUUUGACCUAAUCGGAUGUAUUGAUGAAGCCAAAGAUUUCAUUGUAAGUGGUACUGCUUCAGACCAGUUAUUCGGUAUGUGUGAGUCUUUGUACGAACCAAAUCUAGAAGCUGACGAUCUAUUUGAGACGAUAUCACAAGCUCUACUUAAUGCUGCAGACCGUGAUGCAUUGUCUGGUUGGGGUGCCGUGGUGUACAUCAUAAAGAAGGAUAAAGUUAUCAAGAAAUACUUGAAGACAAGGCAAGAUUGA